AUCGUCUAAAAUCUAUCCCCCAUGAAACACCAACAAAGCUCGGAUUGAUUCAAAUAUUUCGCGCCAUUAAUUAAACCAGAUUUAGAGAAUGUUUUAUGGUCAAAAUCAACAUCAACUUGUUUAUUCUCAAUGACAAAGCUGAUCUUUCUAUGGAGAACUUUGUCCAACAUGGGACCAAAUGCAUUGGCGUGGCCGCUAAUUAUAGGUCUCUUCUAAAAGUCCUUAACAGAUCAACGCCAGAUGUUCCAGACUUUUUCAUGAAGCCCCCUAGUUCUUAUAUAACGGAAGGACAAAAAAUAAUUAUACCUAAAGGUUUCUCUGUUAACGAAGAAAUCGAACUGGGAGUGGUAAUAGGAAAACAUGGGAGAAAAGUGUCUGAAUGCAAGGCAAUGGAUAUAGUUGGUGGAUACUGUCUAGCUUUGGACAUGACCGCUACUUGCAGACUUGGCCUAGCCAGACAAACUGGUGGAAGUUGGACAUUAGGAAAAGGUUUUGAUACAGCCUGUCCUGUGAGCAAAUUCAUUCCAAAAUCACAAAUACCCGAUCCGCACAAUGUGGAAUUAUGGUGCACUGUAAAUGGAGUGGAAAAACAGCGCGGCAACACCGACGACUUAGUUUUCAAUAUUCCCUUCCUGAUUUCGUACAUUUCCGAAUAUAUUACGCUUGAACCGAACGAUGUGAUCAUAACAGGAUCUCCGCCUGGAAUGGGGCCUGUUACGAAGGGCGACGUUAUAGCAGGAGGCAUUACUGGGGGUGAGAGCAUGAAAUUUGAUGUUGAUGCUGAAUAAACAUAGUAAUACAUUAUUAUCAUCAUUAUUAAUAAAGAAAGCCGUUCACAAGGUU